UAUUGUGAGCCCAGACUACCUCGUGAGCUUCACGCUGCUACUGCCAGCGAGCAGGCGGAGAGGAACGGCAUCUAAAAAAGCCACUUGGAAAAACUACUUAUCGAUUGCGCUUCCCACCUUAAGGACCUCGGAAGUUCUGGAAGGCCAGUUUAGAGACGUUCAGUUGCAUACUAAGUGCUUGUGAGAGUACAAUUCACAGGGGGAGCCAGCAUGAGUCAAGAGUCACCGGAGUCAGAUGGAGACUCAACUCGGGAUGUGUGCGACUUUAACUGGGACGACUACAUGGAGGAAACGGGAACUAUCUCCGUGCCUCAUCACGCCUUCAAACAUGUGGACCAAGGUCUCCAGACAGGAUUGACCCCAGGCAUGAAGCUGGAAGUGUGUGCGCGCUCGGAGCCCGACAGUCCGUACUGGGUGGCCAACAUUAUCACCACAUGUGGCCAGCUGCUGCUGCUACGCUACGAGGGUUACCAGGACGACAGACGUGCAGAUUUUUGGUGUGACAUCAUGACAGCAGAUCUCCACCCACUGGGCUGGAGCCGCCAGCAUGGCAAGACCAUGAGGGCCCCUGAGGGUGUUCGUGAGAAGCACCAGGACUGGGAGAAUCUGCUGGAAACUGCCCUGGCCGAGGAGUGCAGUGUACCUGCCAACUUACUGGAGCUGCCCCAGUGUGGUAGAGACCCCAUGGAGCUCCUGUGUGCAGGCUGCUACGUGGAGCUCCAGGACAGUGCUGACCCAGGACUGGCCUGGGCCGCUGAGGUGGAGGAGAACGUUGGGGGGCGCCUGAAGCUGCGCCUGGUGGGCACCGAGGGUCUCCCAGACACACCAGCCACCCUCUGGCUCUUCUACCUCCACCCACGUAUCCACCCUCCCGGCUGGGCCCAGGAGCAGGGUUGUUCCCUCAGGCCUCCUGCAGAUCUGCUGGCGCUGCGCACAGAGGAGGAGUGGGAGGAGGUGAGGCAGAGGAUCAGUGAGCUGCCUCAGGAUGAAGCUCUGACUGCAGAGCUUAGUAAGGAUCAGCCUGCAAUGGCUGCUCAUUGUUUCAAAGAAGGAAUGAAAGUGGAGGCUGUUGAUCCUGCUGCUCCUAUUUCCAUCAGACCUGCCACUGUCACCAAGGUUUUCAAUGAGCAGUACUUCCUGGUGACUAUGGACGACCUCUGCGGCAUGGAGGAGUCCGAGGGUUCAGGUCGCUCCUUCCUGUGUCACAAGGACAGUCCAGGAAUCUUCCCAGCCCAGUGGAGCCUCAAAAAUGGCCUCCCUCUCAGCCCGCCACCAGGAUACCAGGGUCCAGACUUUGACUGGGCAGAUUACCUGAAACAAUGCGAGGCUGAGGCUGCUCCAGAACACUGCUUCUCAACUGAGCAAUGUGAUCACAGCUUUAAGGAGGCCAUGAAACUGGAAGCGGUCAACCCUCUGUCACCUGAGAAUAUACAUGUAGCCACAGUGACCAAGGUCAAAGGGCAGUACGUUUGGCUCAGCCUGGAAGGACUGAAGCAGCCGAUGCCUGAGCUGAUUGUUCACAUCGAUUCUCUGGACAUCUUCCCAGUCAGCUGGUGUGAGACAAAUGGAUAUCCACUGGUUUAUCCCAUCAAGCCCUCAGUGGAGAAAGAGAGGAAGAUCGCUGUGGUGCAGCCAGAGAAACACAGAACUCCACCAAAGUCUUUGUCACCUGACACUGUCAAGCAGCAGAUGGCCAACCAGUCCGAAACAGGACAGGGUAACGGAAAGUACUGCUGCCCUAAGAUCUACUUCAACCACCGUUGCUUCUCUGGGCCGUACCUUAACAAGGGACGCAUCGCUGAGCUGCCUCAGUUCAUCGGCCCUGGAAACUGUGUCCUAGUGCUCAAAGAGGUAUUGACUUUGCUGAUAAACUCAGCGUACAAACCCAGCCGCGUGCUGAGAGAGCUGCAGCUGGACCAGGAGAGCCGCUGGCAAGGCCACGGAGAGACACUCAAAGCAAAGUACAAGGGUAAAAGCUACCGGGCCACUGUGGAAAUCGUCCGCACAGCAGACCGGGUGGCCGACUUCUGCAGAAAAACCUGCAUCAAGCUGGAGUGCUGCCCAAAUCUGUUUGGGCCCCGCAUGGUUCUGGAGCGCUGCUCUGAGAACUGCUCCGUCCUCACCAAGACCAAAUACACAUAUUACUAUGGGAAGAAGAAGAGCAAACGAGUGGGCCGUCCACCAGGGGGCCACACUAACUUAGAGGGUGGCGUGAAGAGGCGAGGCAGGAGGAGAAAGAGGAGGAAGCAACUCUUUGUCCAUAAGAAGAGACGCUCCUCGGCCUCUGUGGACAACACACCUGCAGGUUCACCCCAGGGCAGCGGCGAAGAAGAAGAUUUAGAUGAGGACGACUCUCUCAGUGAGGACUCCGGCUCUGAGCUGCAGGACGACCUCCAGGAUGAUUCUGAACAAUCUGUGGGGAAGUCUCAGCCCACCACGCCGUCCCCUUCCCCACCAGCAACGCCCAGGCCCACACGCCGCCGCAGGAAACCACGCUCGCCCUCCUUCUCUGAUGAUGAGAACCGCCCUCCCUCACCAAAGACCUCAAAGACUGAGCCUCCUCAGAAGUUGUGUUUGGACACCAGUCCCCUGGAGUGGAGCGUUACUGAUGUGGUUCGUUUCAUCAGGAGCACUGACUGUGCACCUCUUGCUAGGAUUUUCUUGGAUCAGGUAAGAAACGCUCAGCCCUAAAGUCCAUUUUUUAAUUGGUUUUGACAACUCUGCGGUGCCAGCACGUGAGACACAGCAGCUGAUGACUCUGAUAAAACCAGAAAAGGAGGACGGUGCACUUAUGUCAUCAAAGCUUGGUGCAGAAAACUGUAGACCAAUAGAAAGACAGGUAACUGGAAAUGCAUAUUGAUAAUAACUGCUGCAAAUAUUCUCCUGAUUGCUAACAAUAAAAUAAAAGAAGGUUAGCAAACUUCAGUCAGCACAACUAGAGGCUACUGUAAACGACUGUUUAUGAUGGGAGAGAUCACAGACAUAUGAUCUGUCAAACAAACUAAAGCCAACUGAAUCCAUCAAACAUCAGAAAAUUGCACACGCUGUUGCGAUUUUCCAAUUUCCAAUGAGGAGACAUUAACCGUUUUUAAUAUGAAGUCAGGAUUUCGUAAAUCUCAGGAUUUCGUAAAUCUCAGGAUUUCGUAAAUCUCAUCAACUUGUUUCCUGCCACUCAGUGGCUGCUCUGUGACCACCUCACACAGCAUAUAAGAAAAGGAGAUCAAAGAAGUGGCAGAUGUCAGGAAGUCAUACUAUUGACUGGAAGAGGCAGAGCUACAGUAAUGGACAGCACAUAGGCAUCAUCAUCAUCAUCAUCAUCAUCAUCAUGGCUGGCUCUCAGUACAAGAUCAAUAAAGCUGUGGACUAUCUCACCAGACAGGAACUAAUGUCCAAACUGAGCAGAGUCCAACAUUUACAGUCCCAUAAUAAAUGAAUUGUUUGGAAGAAAGUUUGUGCUCAGUAUGACCUGGAGGAAAGCUCCUACUGUAAGCUGGUCAAAAAUGUCACGGCUCAGCUCCUGUGAGAAGUCCAAAUCAUUGUUACCAACUGGUGACGGCCGUAAAAAAAACCUGACACGGACAGAACAAGACAAGACAAGAUAACAUGGUGCAGGAAUAUGAAAGACAGCUGAACAAGCAGGAACACAAGAUCAUGAAAAAUAUCAAGGCUUCAAAGAGGAGCUGGAGUGAACGCAGCCGUUCACUGUUCAAUAAGAUGAUGCCCAUAGAUAAUGUUACAGGCCUGGCUCAGAGGGAAACAACAUAAAGGAGUCAUUAAGGUAAAAGAAAAAUGGUCUUCAUUGUUAUAAUUACUCUUUAACGACAAUAACAGAGGAGGAGUGUCUGAAGACAGUGGUCUCUGGAUGUGGCUGCUGGUUGAGGCUGACAGUGAGGGAGGGGCUUGGCUCUGGCUUUUAGAGACAACCUUCAAGCAGGUAAUCAGAGAUUGAUUGAUUGACCAUAUGGAGGGCAGAGAGUGCCACGCACAGCUAUACAGAGGAAAUGGAGAAGGAGUGCUUCAAAGAAACACGGACGUUUGUUCAGUACAAAAUGGAUCAAAUUUUCAUUAUUGCACCUGUCUUAGUUCAUAGUUUGGAUGGUAUGAAAUCAUAAUACAGACAUCACAAAGUACGUACACUUUGGCAGAAAUCACUAAAGGAAUUAUAAUACAUAAUGUUGAAAAAGUCAAGAGUCAUACAGUGUUGUUUUAGAUAUUGAUUAAUUCAACCAUUGUUGGGAAGCUGCUCAAUCUCUGUUGACUGUGAGUUAAGGUUCAUGUUUGUUCCCAGUCAGACUCUGAAAUCCACACUGACCCUGUGUCAGAAAACAACAGCUCUCCAGAGUAGGACCUUGACAAACUACAUACAGCAGAAAAAAAAAAUGU